AGUGUGUAUAUAAAGGCUGCCUCACACACCAGACCCAAUCUGUUGGACAGCCACGAAGAGUAGUGGAAUUUUAAUCACUGUUGCUUGUUUGCCUCAAAGCAGAAUGGAAUCCUCAAAGCUGGCCCUGUUCCUGGUCCUUCUGUCCUGCGUAGAACACUGUUUCUCUGCCUCCUGUGUCGUUGACAGCUUCACAGUCAAAGAGGACUUUGACCCUAAAAGGUAUGUAGGAAAAUGGUACGCACUGCAGAAGAAAGAUCCAGAGGGCCUGUUCCUGCAGGACAACAUCUCAGCUGAGUACACCAUUGACGACGACGGCUCCAUGACUGCCUCCUCCAAGGGACGUGUUACUCUGUUUGGCUUCUGGGUUGUGUGUGCAGACAUGGCUGCCCAGUACUCUGUCCCCGACCCUACCACCCCCGGCAAGAUGUUCAUGAACUACCAGGGACUGGCCAGCUACCUGUCCAGUGGAGGUGACAACUACUGGGUGAUCGACACUGACUAUGACAACUAUGCCAUCACCUACGCCUGCCGCACUCUGAAGGAAGAUGGCACCUGCGAAGAUGGCUACGCCCUUGUGUUCUCCAGGAACCCCCGUGGCCUGCCACCUGCCAUCCAGCGCAUUGUCCGUCAGAAACAGGAGGACAUCUGCAUGGCUGGACAGUUUCAGCCCGUCCUGCAGUCUGGAGCCUGCUAAAGAGGAAGAGAGAGAAAGGCAGGAGAGUUUAGAGCUGAGAGAGGGCUAGUUGCAAGCUCGGAGGCUUGAGAGCAAGAAGAGGGAGAAUGAGAGUGCGUGUGACAGGAGGUGUGUAUGUGAGAGUGGUACUAUGAAAGAACAGAUGCAAAACAGAAAAAUGAGGCACAGACCUGCAUCUGUUAUUAUGCAUUUCCCCCUCUAUCACUCUGUUCAGCCAUUGUUUGUCCAAGGAAAAUGUUCACUGUUGCUUUGGUGUUUUGAGCAAAUAUGAAAGUUAAAAUAAAAAAUAUUUUUCUAACCAA